AUGUGGCUAGUCGUUUCAGUAUGCCAUUGCUUUUGGUUCGAGGAGGAGGUGAACGAGUACGAGGACGACAAAGAAGGGGAGGAGGUGGAGGAGGAGGAUGAGGAGGUGAAAGAGUACGAGGACGACAAAGAGGGGGAGGAGGUGGAGGAGGAGGAGGAGGGAGAGGAGGAGGUGAAAGAGUACGAGGACGACAAAGAGGUGGAGGAGGAGGAGGAGGAGGAGGGAGAGGAGGAGGUGAACGAGUACGAGGACGACAAAGAGGGGGAGGAGGAGGAGGAGGAGGAGGGAGAGGAGGAGGUGAAAGAGUACGAGGACGACAGAGAGGGGGAGGAGGAGGAGAAGAUCUGA